GUACAGUACAGAAUGUGCUGGGUGCUGGGCCUCGACAGCUGCCUUAUCCGCAACCCACCCAGCAGAACCGCAGGACGAGGGAGGAAGAAGCUAGGACGAAAAAAGGAUGGGCCAGCACGACAUGCUCACUACGGUGAACUACUACGACGACCCGGGCGAUGGAAGCCCGCCGACUCCAGUCUACGUGGGCAGCAACCAAGUCACCAAUGAGCGGCCCAUGAUAGCAACCGCCGUGGCGGUGACGGAUGUCACAGGCAGCGAGAGCAGCUUCACGCUCGACAGCCACGGCUUCCAGUUCCAUGGCCACACCACCAGCCAGAGUGACGGCUUCCACGACGAUGACGCCCUCCGCGCUCGCUAUUACCCCGAGUGCGAGCUGCUGGUCAAGGAGAUCACCGGUGCAUCCCGCGUCGUCGCAUUCGACCACAAGGUCCGCCGCGGCCCGUCGUCCUGGCACAAGCUGGGCGAGAACAACACCGAGUCGCGCGGCCCCCUGCACCGAGCCCACGUCGACCAGUCCUACGACGGGGCGCUGGCGCGGAUGCACGAGCAGUUUGCUGCCGACGAGGACGUCGGCGGGCUCCUCCAGAGACGGUGGCAGAUUGUGAAUAUCUGGCGCCCCAUCAAGACGGUGUACAAGGACCCGCUGGCCUUUGCCGACGCCACGUCGGUCGCCGACGCCGACCUCGUGCCCGCGUCCAUCGUGUACGCCCGGACGGGCCGGCGCAGGGAGUCGUGGACCGUCAAGCCGAGCGCCGGCCACCGCUGGUUCUUCAAGUACGCGCAGCGGCCCGACGAGGUGGUCCUGAUCAAGUGCUUCGACAGCGACGCAUCCGUGGCGGCCCGCCGCGUGCCGCACUGCGCGGUUGAGGACGCCGAACACGUCGACGGCGAGUGCCGCGAGAGCGUCGAGGUGAGAUGUCUGGUUCUGUUUUGAACGUGGUUCUAGUCGUUGCUGUGGAUAAGGGCGCUUUUUGAGCUUGCUCUACUUUCCCAGCAAUCGCCGCCGUCACGUGCUCAAGGACUGGUGUGAGAAUGAUUGUAUGAGAG